AUGAACGGAACUGAGGCAUCCGUCGAAGCUCAGAAGCCACCGCCCAAUCCGGACCCUAACGAGGCGAAUGGGGUUGGUCAAGACGCAAAGAAGCGCAAGAAGGAAACUCUGAAACCCAUAAUCACAACCGAGAGUGCCUCUCAGCCAAGCCAAUCGCCCGGAUCACAUCAAUUAGGCCCAAUGACACAGUCUCCAUCGACUUCGUCCGUCGACGACCCCGCCGAGAACACGGCUGACGAGGAGGAUUCCGAGGAUUACUGCAAGGGUGGCUACCAUCCUGUCCAGAUUGGCGAGAAGUACAAAGAUGGGAAAUAUACCGUGGUUCGUAAACUGGGCUGGGGACACUUUUCGACCGUCUGGCUCUCCAGAGACAACACCAACGGCAAGCACGUUGCUCUCAAAGUCGUGCGGUCCGCUGCGCACUACACCGAGACGGCGAACGACGAGAUCAAGCUUCUCAACAAGAUCGUCCAGGCGAAACCGAACCAUCCAGGCCGGAAACACGUCGUGAGCCUCCUCGACUCGUUUGAACACAAGGGCCCCAACGGCACUCACGUCUGCAUGGUAUUCGAGGUAUUGGGUGAAAAUCUACUGGGCCUAAUUAAGAGGUGGAACCAUCGUGGUAUUCCAAUGCCCCUUGUGAAGCAGAUUACAAAGCAGGUCCUGCUAGGUCUUGAUUAUCUUCAUCGGGAGUGCGGCAUCAUUCAUACAGAUUUAAAGCCGGAGAAUGUGCUCAUCGAGAUCGGAGACGUCGAGCAGAUCGUAAAAAAGGUGGUCAAAAGCGAGCCGGGGGAUAAAGAAGGAGGUAAUCGCAAUGGACGGAGACGACGAAGGACUCUCAUCACCGGUAGCCAGCCGCUGCCAUCCCCUCUUAACAGCAACUUUAACCACGCCAACCUGUUCCCCCAAUCCAGUGCCCAGGCAAGCUUGGCUGGAAUGCUUCACGAAGGGUCAGGUAAGAAAGGAGAUCAAUCACCGAGGUCGGCUGAGGCGGCCCAGAAGCAAAGGGAAAAGAGCACUGAUUUGCUCUCACGCGAGGUAUCAGGUAUCUCUCUGGAUAAAUCAAAUUCUUCAUCUGCAUCAACCGGCGAGAAACGCAAGGCCGAGGACCCACAUGCCCACGAUAUCAUCAGUGUCAAGAUCGCAGAUCUUGGUAAUGCUUGUUGGGUAAAUCAUCACUUCACCAAUGAUAUCCAGACCCGGCAGUAUCGUUCUCCUGAGGUUAUUCUGGGGUCCAAGUGGGGUGCUAGCACGGAUGUUUGGAGCAUGGCUGCCAUGGUGUUCGAGCUAAUUACUGGUGACUAUUUGUUCGACCCUCAAUCCGGUACAAAGUACGGCAAGGAUGACGAUCAUAUUGCCCAAAUUAUCGAACUUUUGGGACCAUUCCCCAAGUCACUCUGUGCGAGUGGGAAAUGGAGCCAAGAGAUUUUCAAUCGCAAGGGAGAGCUGCGCAACAUCCAUCGUUUAAGGCAUUGGGCUCUGCCUGAUGUCCUCCGCGAGAAGUAUCAUUUCAAGGAGGAUGAGGCAAAGCGCAUUUCGGACUUCCUAACGCCAAUGCUUGAGCUUAUCCCAGAAAAGAGAGCAAAUGCUGGCGGCAUGGCGGGGCAUCCUUGGAUGGAAGACACUCCAGGCAUGAAGGGUGUGAAGAUUGAGGGGCUUGCGGUAGGGGGGAGGGGUGAAAGUAUUGACGGCUGGGCAACUGAAGUCCGCAAGCGAUGA